AUGGAAUCACUUACGCCCACCAAACAACCUAUCGCUAUCCGCCCAGAGCAUGUUGCUUCAUCAACCACAACAAUCCAGGUGAAGCAACACAGCGCAAGCUGGUCUAGCGGCAACUUCACGAUCUCAAGUACCACAACUGCCGAGGAACCUCUUCUAAAUAAGCUCUUCAGUGUUGACGGCGACGUUGCGUCGUUGUCUCAGCGACGACAUUUCCGCGACGCCUCAGGUCUACCCCUUUUCGAGAUAUCUCGGAAAAAGGUGGGAGUAACAUGGUACCUUCAUCUUCCCGGAGAGAGCAGCAAUAAAGGAACCUCCUCGGAGCCUAUUGCUACAAUAGUACCGAAAUGGAGCGCGCUCAAAGACAAAUUUGACGUGCAUCUCCGAAAUGCUGCUGCAAAUGGAGAAGAGACAGUACUGGAGGUUCGCGGACAGAAUGUCUGGAAGACCAAGACAUAUGUUACUCACCGUGGGAAAUUGGUGAUGGUGGUCAAAUUGACCGAUGUGGCUGCGGUCUACCUACCUGGAAAACGGCCCUCGUGGGAAGUGGUGGUGGCAGAAGGGAUGGAUCUUUCACUGGCGUCAGUCAUUGCUGUUCUUUUAGCUACGGUGUUAUACCAGAGCAGUGAGGCACGAUCAGACACCCUUACCAACACAAGUUACUGA